AUGUUUAACGUUGCUGUUAAACGAGGGCCUUACACGUUACUGAUACACGCGGCCGUUACACGUCGUUGUUACACGUCUCUGUUACACGCUGCCGUUAGACGUAGCUGUUGCACGGUACCGUUACAUGUCGCUGUUACAAGCUGCCGUUACACGUGCUGUUACACGCUGCUGUUUCACGCUGCUAUUUCACUCUGCCGUUGCACCUCUGUUUACACGCUGCCGUUACACGUCGCUGUUACACGAUGCCGUUACACUUUACUGUUAAACGGUGCCGUUGCACGUCGCUGCUACACGCUUCCGUUACACAUCGCUGUUACACGCUUCCGUUACAUAUCGCUGUUACAUGCUGCCGUUAGACGUCGCCGUUACACUCUAUUUUUCUUAACAUUCCUGUUUUUCCUUUAUAUAUUCAUUUCCUUCGUCGUCGCCUUCUUCUUCUUCUUCUUCUUCUUCUUCUUCGGCCAUUUUGCUUCGUCUUCUUUUUUCUUACACUCUACUAUGCACUUCGACUUAAUUGCCUUUGAUGGCGUCUUUCUUCUCAACUUCUCGUCCUUGUUCCUUUUCCAUUUCCUUAACAGCACUCUUCCGUUAAUGUCUUCGUUCAGUUCCUACCUGAUCAUGGCUUUCAUUAAGUCUCCGUUAUUAUUUUCUUGCCUUUUCUGUUCUUUUAUUCUUUCUAAAUUUCUUUUCUGCACUUUAUUUUCGAAUUCCCUUUUCAUAACCUUUUCUUCUUCUUCUUCUUCUUCUUCUUCUUCUUCUUCUUCUUCUUCUUCUUCUUCUUCAAUCGCCGACACGUGGCGGAAGAUCAAUUGCUUAUCCUCUUGGAAGUAA